UGUGACGUCUGCUGCUGAGCCCGACAAGAAGCGAUAACGGAGGACGAGAUCUACGCAGCAUGAAUGUGAAGCGGAGCCGGGACCGGCUGUACAGCACUCGGUGCUGCGGCUGCUGUCAUGUCCGGACCGGAACCAUCAUCCUGGGCACCAAGUACAUGGUGGUCAACCUGCUCAUGGGAAUACUUCUGACUGUGAAAGUCACUCACCCCGAUACCGUGCCUACAGUGGACAUCCAGUAUGAAGUCAUUGGGAACUACUAUGCCUCGGAGAAAGUGGCCGAAAACGCCUGUGUCCUUUUUGCCAUAUCCUUGCUGAUGUUUACAAUGAGUGCAAUGAUGGUUUACGGAGCAAUCACACACCGCGGCGGCUGGCUGAUUCCCUUCUUCUGCUACCAGCUGUUUGAUUUCGCCCUCACGUGCCUGCUCGCCAUCAGCUCCCUCACAUACCUGCCGGGAAUUAAGGACUAUUUGGAGCAAUUACCGGAUUUCCCAUAUAAAGAUGACCUGCUUGCAAUGGACUCCAGCUUGCUCCUCUUCAUUGUCCUGUUCUCUGGGACUUUAAUAAUUAUUCUCAAGGCCUACCUGAUCAACUGUGUGUGGAACUGCUACAAGUACAUCAAUAACAGGAACAUGCCAGAGAUUGCCGUGUACCCCGCCUUUGAGACCCCUCCUCAGUACAUCCUACCAACGUAUGAGAUGGCCAUAAAGAUGCCAGAAAAGGAGAAGGACCCUCCCCCACCUUACAUCCAAACGCAGAAGGACGUAUAACCUCUCCGGUCUCCUCCCACGCUUGGCCUAGUGUUUUAAUAUUGCCCCUGCUUGUCCCACAGAAUAAACCAACCCCCUCCCCACCCCAAUUCUGAAGAGACUUCGUUAUUUUUUAUGUAACCCGACGCUUACAUUGCCUUAACCUGUAACCUGAAGAUGACUUACCUUUUCAGACAAUCUCUUACUGCUUAACGUUUACGAGGGGGAAGUAGUUUUGGGGGAAGAUAAUGAUUCUUGGUACUUUAUUUUUUUUUAAUUAUAAUAUUUUGUUGUUUUGGUUUUUAUUUUGUCAGUCAUUUCUCCUUGUCUGUCAUUUCAUGCCUUUCACUUCCGGAGAACCUUCUGACAUACCGGUGACUGUGUCCUGGUGAUCCGCUCAGCAGUGAAAGAGUGAAUAAAAAUAUUUUUCUUGAAUAAAUAAAAAGAAAUACAAAUUUUUA